AUGAGGUAUCUGUUCGACGAAGGCGGUUCAAGUCAGCCACCACUAGUCUUCGAGCGCAAAGAGUGCCCCUUUUUUGCAUUGCAAAGGAGUUCUUCAGCCCGUGCCGAGUUGGGAGAUGCGUAUCAUCUUGGCUUCCUGGAUCACAGUUCCAGAGAAUCAUCUAUAAUUCUCACAUGGAAGCAAUCUAGACAAGAUGAUUGCAUCCCCAGACUAGCUGAGAGGCUGUUGUUGGGGAAGGGCAUAGCACAUACCUCGAGAGAUGGUCGUCGAUGGAUGAAGCGGAAGAAAUCGAUGAUCUGUCAAAGUUUGCUUUUCGGGUGGUGCGCGGGUAGGGUUGAGGCGCGCUGCAGCCCUUAUCGCAAGUGUCACGUGGUAAUGAUCUCCGCAGAUUGGCCUUGCAAGGCAUCACUGUCUUCUACAACAGUCUACCCUAUAAAGAUUCACCACCUCCACAGUGGCGGUACUAGCUUAUAA